GAACACUUUGGUUUUGGACCUCUCUGUGCGUAUUUAUCCAUAAAUUACUUGGACAGUUUCCUCUCUGUUUAUGAGUUACCAAAGCAACGAGUUUGGACAAUGAAAUUGUUGGUUGUAGGUUUCAUAUCUUUGGCAGCCAAAAUGGAAGAGACUGAUGUUCCUACAUCUCUUGAUUUGUAGGUGGGUGAAUCUAAGUAUAUAUUUGAAGCCAAAACAAUUCAGAGAAUGAAGCUUCUUGUUCUGAACACAUUGAAGUGGAGAAUGCAGGCAAUUACCCCAUUUUCCUUCAUUGACUAUUUCCUUCAGAAGAUCAAUGAUGAUGAAGCUUCAAUGGGAGCUUCAAUUUUGCAAUCCUCCAAGCUUAUACUGAGUACUGUGAGAGGAAUUGACUUCAUAGAGUUCAGACCCUCAGAGAUUGCAGCAGCAGUGGCAAUAUCUGUGGUGGGGAACGACUUGCGG